AUGAAGGGGAUCAGAUUGAUCCAAGAAUGCAUCCGAGAGUAUGGAAUUGGAACUGUACAGAAAUACAUGAAUGCCAUCCAAGACAAUGCAGAAAAAGUGGUGCGAGAUCUCCUCCGCAAGGUGCACGCCCAAUUUAGCGGCUUGCCAUUAGAAGCAGUUGAUUUCAUGGACGACGGAUCUAAACUCGUUCUGAAGAUCAACAUCAACAAAGAAGACGGCUCGGCAACAUUUGAUUUCACUGGCACCUCCCGUGAGACAUACGGUAACCUCAAUGCACCCAAGGCCAUUACAUUCAGUGCAAUCAUAUAUGUGCUCCGGUCUUUGGUCAAUCAAGACAUCCCCCUCAACCAAGGCUGUCUUGCCCCCAUCAAGGUCAUUCUGCCAGAGGGCACCAUUAUUUCCCCAUCGCACGGCGCAGCGACUGUGGGUGGGAACGUAGAAACUUCUCAGCGCGUGACAGAUCUUGUCCUUCGCGCGUUCCAGGGCACUUGUAAUAAUCUCACGUUCGGUUACGGCGGUCAGCUUGUCAAUGGUGUUGCAGAGCCUGGUUUCGGGUACUAUGAGACAAUCGCUGGAGGCGCUGGAGCAGGCCCGCAUUGGGCUGGUCAGUCUGGCGUCCACGUCCACAUGACGAACACACGAAUCACAGACCCCGAAUCACUCGAGCGACGAUACCCUUGCAUUCUCCACGAAUUCUCCAUUCGCAAGAACUCCGGUGGAGAAGGCCUACACCGAGGCGGUGAUGGCUGCAUCCGCGACAUUGAGUUCCGCCGAGAGGUCGACGUCUCAGUGCUUAGUGAGCGACGCACGAUUCCCCCGUACGGCAUGUGUGGUGGUGACGCUGGACAGGUUGGGGAGAAUAUCUGGGUGCGUCAUGACGAAUUUGGAUCGAGAGAGAUCUCGCUUGGUGGGAAGAACACGUGUAGAAUGAAGAAGGGUGACCGGAUUAUUAUUAGAUCGCCUGGUGGUGGAGGGUAUGGCAAGAAAGCCUGCUAG